AUGAUCAAACGGCUUAUACAGCAUGCUCCUCGUCUACCAGCUCUGCCGGAGGGAGGAGGGGAUUUCCGGUGGCGGAAGCGUGCAGAUCCGUGGACGUCCACUGGGCUCUCCUCUUUCCAUGGCGGAGUGGUGCGCCUCUCCUCUCUCUUCUACAGCGAACCCGAGAAGUCCACCGUCGUCGAGUUUGCUCUCUUCCCGAACGAUGACUCCUGCGACUGCGACCUCGGCGACCUCGAACGACAAUCUGCAAUGGCGCAUCUCACAGCCCGUCGCACCCUGGCUUCGAUUCUAUCGCGAGCACUCUCAUCUUCUUCUCCAUCUACUUCAAACACCUCGCUGUCUUCUCGUUUUCGCUUCGCUUCGGCCCUUCUCGACAAAUCCUCUCCCACCGGGCUGCCGCCGCAAUCGUUCAAUGUUCCGACCCGAUUCAAGACUUCCCGGUCGGGUUACUCGCCGCUCAACGACCCGUCGCCGAAUUGGAGCAACCGCCCGCCGAAGGAGACGAUCAUGCUCGACGGCUGCGACUACGAGCACUGGUUAAUCGUCAUGGAGUUUCCCAACGAUCCAAAACCUUCCGAGGAAGAGAUGAUUAACUCCUAUGUCAAAACCCUCGCCGCCGUCGUUGGAAGUGAGGAAGAGGCGAAGAAGAAGAUAUAUUCCGUUGCUACCAAGACCUACACUGGAUUUGGUGCUUUGAUCUCUGAAGAGCUCUCUUACAAAGCUAAAGAGUUGCCUGGAGUUCUGUGGGUUCUCCCAGAUUCAUACCUUGACGUUCCUAACAAGGAUUAUGGAGGCGAUCUUUUUGUGGACGGGAAGGUGAUCCACAGGCCGCAGUAUUGGUUCACUGAAAGCCAGAACAGUAGGCAUAACAGGCCUCGACCACGGUACGAUCGUCGGAGGGAGACAAUGCAGGUCAGGAGAGAUCCUGUGCAAACGUUGCCACCACCAUCUAUCGGAGCCGGCCAGAACCAAUCUAUACCGCAAAAUGCUGGCUUCUCCAUGAAUCAGCAGCAGCAGCCAGGGCAGCAGUUUAACCAAACCAGGAAAGCAAAUGUCGUCACCGACUAUCUCGUUAAGGUAGAUUCCGCCAUGAACUCGAAUUACGGCAAAGGCUCGUCUGGGUCGAUGAAUAACUUCAAUUUCGAUCUGGGUCUUGGAUCGAAUCGUUCUAAACCCUUGAACGAACAGAGGAAUCAGAACUCGUCCGGUUACUCUUCGUAUUCGUAUUCAUCUGCAACGGGGUCGCAACCGAGGCCUGCUUUUCAACCGGGGAAGCCUUCAUGGACUCACCAACCUGCUGCGGCGACGAGUCAGCCAGCUCGCGCUGGGUUGGAGGGUCCGAAUUCGAUGGUUGGAGAUAUAUUUGGCAAGACCUGGGGAUCCACGGGUCCAGCUGCUAAGAGUUCCGGGAUAGGGAUUGGGGUUGCAGAGAAGAACCCGAAUUUGUUUGGGGAUCUGGUGAGCUCUGCUUUGGGGCAGGGGAACAAGAGUGGGAGCAAUGCCCCUUUGAAGAAUGCGACUCCGACACCAAGCAAGAGUUCUUAUUCCAUGGGUAAUAUGGCGGAUUCUUUGCCUAAGGUUAGUAGUAACUCGGCCCAAAGUGGUGCUGGUUGGGGAUCUAAUAGGAACGUCAGCAGUGCUGGUGCUGGUAACGUGGGUGUGAAUGGUAAUAAGAGUACGAAUACGAAUCUUGGUGGUUCUUCCAUGAAAGGGAUGGCGGCUGCAAGCGGAGGAAUAAUGGGGGGAAACAAGGAUCCAUUCGUCUCUCUAGUCGACUUCUCGUCAAAACCUUCUCAAUCUGGUAGUGGCCUUAACUCUGGUCCCAAAGGUAAUAAUAAACCUAAUUCUAGUGUCAAUGAUCCAUUCGGUGACUUCCAAACUGCUUCAAAACCAAGCUCUACUUCAACUCCUUCUAGUGGGUUUGGUGCAAAAGAUCCAUUUGGGGAUUUCCCAAAAGCCUCAAAACCUGGCUCAACUUCAGUUCCUUCUAGUGGGUUUGACUUUGGAAUGCCGAGCAACGACUUUGGCUCUCAGAAACAGACACAGUCCUCAGUUCCAGCUACAAGCAGUGAUCCACUUGGGAUGUUCUUCAACUCUUCAGCAGGAAGUGCUGCACCAGCAUCUUCGGCAGGUGCAGGGCAGCAGUUCUCAGAACUUGAUGAUUGGGGGGUGGACUCAGGGUUUGAUGGUGCAGAUGGCCCCACCACUACCGAGCUCGAAGGGCUUCCUCCACCUCCUGCAGGGGUUUCUGCUUCUGCUGCAAAGAGCAAGGGUGUGGACCAUCAAAAGCAAGGGCAGUAUGCUGAUGCCAUUAAGUGGUUGUCAUGGGCUGUGGUGCUUCUUGAAAAAUCUAAGGAUAAAGCAUUAUCUGCUGAAGUUCUGUCGACUAGAGCCUCAUGUUAUAAGGAAGUUGGAGAGUACAAGAAGGCAGUCGCCGACUGCACAAUGGUGCUUGAAGGAGAUGAGACCAAUGUAUCGGUUUUAGUCCAGCGAGCACUUCUAUAUGAGAGUAUGGAGAAGUACAGGCUGGGUGCGGAGGACCUGAGGGCUGUUCUUAAGAUUGAUCCAGCUAACCGGAUCGCAAGGAGUACAGUUCAUCGCCUGUCCAAAAUGGCAGACUAGAGAAAAAGUACGCACUUUCUACACUGUAUUCUAGCUUUUCUUUUCAGAUUACACACUUCUGCCCCCUCUCUAUGAAAUUGUGGGGUAAAGGGAGCCCUUUUUUUCUUUUCUGCCAGAAUGUCUGUAUUACGAUUGUGGAGUUUGCAUGUAUUCCAUUUUUUCACUUUCAUUUCUGUUUGCAUGUGAGUGAAGAAUUCAUCUUCAUCCCAUACUCUUUUGUUCUUUCUUUCAUAGGAGAUUCAUACAAAUACAAUACUCAAACAAGGCCUUUUCUGUUUGUAAUAAUCACUAUUGUCUCCUACUUUCAUGAUUGCCCAU